GUACUCUCAAUCCGAAGACGCAAGUCAUGAAUAUUCAUAUGUCGGUCCAGAACUCGGUGGGAAAAAUAAUUUCGCGGCCCGGCCGGCCGCGCCCAGGCCAUUCAUGACUUGCGAUUUCAGCGGGGAGAGAUAGUUCUCGAGGCCACGAAAAACUUAGUAUCAACCUCUCUUUUCAAGGGAUAUCAUCAUGUCUAAGAUUCAAGGAGGAACCGUUGUUGAGAUGCAAGGAGAUGAAAUGACAAGGAUUAUAUGGGAGGCGAUUAAAACCAAGCUGAUAUUUCCGUUCAUUGAUCUUAACAUUCAGAGUUAUGAUCUUAGUAUUCAGAACAGAGAUGCAACAAAUGACCAAGUGACCGUUGACUGUGCUGAAGCUAUCAAGAAAUGUAAUGUAGGCAUUAAGUGUGCUACCAUUACACCAGAUGAAAAGAGAGUUGAAGAAUUCAACCUAAAGAAGAUGUGGAAAUCCCCAAAUGGAACAAUUAGAAACAUUCUUGGUGGUACGGUCUUCAGGGAAGCUAUCAUCUGCAAAAACAUUCCAAGACUGGUAGUUACAUGGAAUAAACCUAUUGUUAUUGGGCGUCAUGCACAUGCCGAUCAGUACAAAGCAACAGACUUUGUAGUUCCUGGCAAGGGAAAGAUUGAACUAACCUACACACCAGAAGAUGGAAGUGAACCCAAGUCAUUCACUGUUCAUAACUUUGUAGAUGGAGGUGGCGUUGCCAUGGGAAUGUUCAAUACUGACGUAUCUAUUCAGAACUUUGCUCAUUGUUGUUUCCGCUAUGCUCUAGAUCGGGGCUAUCCACUUUACCUCAGCACAAAGAAUACGAUUUUGAAACGUUACGAUGGUCGGUUUAAGGACAUAUUCCAGGAGAUCUACGAGACGACAUACAGAAGUGACUAUGAGGCGAAGAAUCUCUGGUACGAGCACAGAUUGAUUGAUGAUAUGGUAGCCUUCGCAAUGAAGAAUGAAGGAGGAUUCGUCUGGGCUUGCAAGAAUUAUGAUGGAGAUGUACAGAGCGAUUCUGUAGCACAAGGUUAUGGAUCCCUGGGUAUGAUGACGUCAGUUCUGAUCUGUCCCGAUGGAAGGACGAUUGAGUCCGAGGCUGCUCAUGGAACGGUGACAAGACAUUAUCGUAUGCAUCAACAAGGCAAAGAAACGUCUACAAACUCAGUUGCAUCCAUAUUUGCCUGGACCAGGGGUCUUUCGCAUCGUGCUAAGCUGGACAGUAAUGAAGCCCUUGCUAAGUUCUCUGCUGCUUUAGAAGAAGCAUGCAUCGAGACUAUAGAGGGCGGUAUAAUGACCAAAGAUCUCGCAAUCUGCAUCAAAGGAAUGGCAAAUGUUGUCCGUUCUGACUAUGUCAACACGUUUGAAUUCAUUGAUAAAGUUGCUGAAGCUGUCGCUGCAAAGUGUAAGUGACUGGAAAGUAGCAAACUGUGAAUCCUUAACUCCAUAAAUUAAAUAAAUUAAAGUCUUAUUCUAUGUCUUAAUCGUAUAAAGUCAAAUGUAGUUUUUUUUUUUCAGGCGGGAAAUUCAGUAACAAAUUUAUGUCGGAUCUUUUGUUUCAGCUGCUUGAAAGUUUAUUUAACAUGAAAAUCAUUUCAUGAAUGUAGUAUUGAUCAGUGAAUAUUGUCUGCAUAGUGACACAAGGAAAUCAAUUCAUAGCCCUGUCUUACACAUAGUGUUUUGAUUGGUCCAAUCAAUCACAAUUAUGGAAAGCCAACAAAUACAGAAUGCAUAUGACUAUUGAAAGUGUUUUCUAAAUACAGUGUCAGCAUCAUUGUUGAUAAGUCAAUGUACAUGUCUGUUUCCAGAGGGAUGUUGUUUACAUUUAAUUUUAAAAUUGAUUUCCAUAGUUGAGACUGACUGGAUCAGUUACAAUCCUGUGUGAAACAAGCAAUGAUGAGAUCAAUUUAAGUUAUAAUAAAAGAAAAUGGAUUUAGGAUAUUACGUUCUAAUGGCUUCACAGAGCAGUUAUAUAAAAAUGAGUUAUUAAAAUGUCGAUUGACAUAAAACGUCUUCCACCAAAUCCAGAGGGGUCUUUUCAUAAAGCUGUUUGAAAGUUAUAAAUGAUUUUACUGAUCACCCCUUCUUGAAGUAAAUGAUAUACCCCAAAUUUGUAUUGGUAUUGCUUUUAUAGCUCCAUUUAAAUGAUCCAAUCACCAUGGCCCAGUCUUGAGUUAUGAGAGUAGCUCCUUAGACAAGGUUACCAGUCACUUAUAAAGUCAUUUGUAACUAAGGAUUAGUUUUAUGAAACACCCACCUGGGGACGUUUCAUAAAGCUGUCUGUAAGUUAAGAGCGAAUUUAAGAAUGGCUGGAGAUCCUUUCUUACACACCAAUAAAUCACCAGUCAGUGAACAUUUAAUGGUGAAUAUGAUUUACCACAAAAAAGGAUAACCAGUCGUUUUUAUAGUCACACAUACCUAAAGAAUAGCUUUAUGAAACAUCCACCUUUAGGCUUAAAUAGAAUGAAAAGCCUUAAAGCAUAUACAAAAAAAAUCCACCUUGUGCUGUAUUUUGAUAAUGAAAGACACAGUAUUUACUUGUAUAUGAUAUUCGAACAUCAAUAUUUGGUAUGAAUGUUAUGAGCAGUUUAAAUGUCAUUUUAUGAUAAAUCAACAUUUGUUUGUUUGAUAGGGGGUUGAAUGAAAGGAAGAUUAAGUUAGUGAUAGCAGUGUUCAUACAUUUGUUUGAUAGGGGGUUGAAUGAAAGGAAGAUUAAGUUAGUGAUAGCAGUGUUCAUACAUUUGUUUGAUAGGGGGUUGAAUGAAAGGAAGAUUAAGUUAGUGAUAGCAGUGUUCAUACAUUUGUUUGAUAGCGGGUUGAAUGAAAGGAAGAUUAAGUUAGUGAUUGCAGUGUUCAUACAUUUGUUUGAUAGGGGGUUGAAUGAAAGGAAGAUUAAGUUAGUGAUAGCAGUGUUCAUACAUUUGUUUGAUAGCGGGUUGAAUGAAAGGAAGAUUAAGUUAGUGAUAGCAGUGUUCAUACAUUUGUUUGAUAGCGGGUUGAAUGAAAGGAAGAUUAAGUUAGUGAUAGCAGUGUUCAUACAUUUGUUUGAUAGCGGGUUGAAUGAAAGGAAGAUUAAGUUAGUGAUAGCAGUGUUCAUACAUUUGUUUGAUAGCGGGUUGAAUGAAAGGAAGAUUAAGUUAGUGAUAGCAGUGUUCAUACAUUUGUUUGAUAGCGGGUUGAAUGAAAGGAAGAUUAAGUUAGUGAUAGCAGUGUUCAUACAUUUGUUUGAUAGGGGGCUGAAUGAAAGGAAGAUUAAGUUAGUGAUAGCAGUGUUCAUACAUUUGUUUGAUAGCGGGUUGAAUGAAAGGAAGAUUAAGUUAGUGAUAGCAGUGUUCAUACAUUUGUUUGAUAGGGGGUUGAAUGAAAGGAAGAUUAAGUUAGUGAUAGCAGUGUUCAUACAUUUGUUUGAUAGCGGGUUGAAUGAAAGGAAGAUUAAGUUAGUGAUAGCAGUGUUCAUACAUUUGUUUGAUAGGGGGUUGAAUGAAAGGAAGAUUAAGUUAGUGAUAGCAGUGUUCAUACAUUUGUUUGAUAGCGGGUUGAAUGAAAGGAAGAUUAAGUUAGUGAUAGCAGUGUUCAUACAUUUGUUUGAUAGGGGGUUGAAUGAAAGGAAGAUUAAGUUAGUGAUAGCAGUGUUCAUACAUUUGUUUGAUAGGGGGUUGAAUGAAAGGAAGAUUAAGUUAGUGAUAGCAGUGUUCAUACAUUUGUUUGAUAGCGGGUUGAAUGAAAGGAAGAUUAAGUUAGUGAUAGCAGUGUUCAUACAAUGGCUUUGAUUGAUUAUGAUUUACAGAUUUUAUUAAAACUCUUAGGGUUCUAUGUUCAUUGUUUUUGUUCGGUUUUAAUAUUUUUGAUUAAUUUAACUUAGUUUUUACUGUGUGUGAUUCCGAUAGGUUUUGACUUGUUAUUCUAAUUUUGUUGCUUUGCUUAAUAUUUUUGUUUCUUUCUAAUAGGUGAUCAAUUGUAUGUUUUGUGUAACCUUGAUAUAAGACUUGCAUCAAUAACCAGUGUAGUUGUAUAUACAUAGACACAUUCCAGUCAUGGCCUUUAAAAAAAAAACACGAUAUGAAUGAUUCCCAAGAUUUUAAUAGAUGUAUAAAUUUAAAAUUAUCUGAGUUUUGUCUUAAACCUCGCAAUAUUGAAUUGAAGAUAGAAUUUGAUAUGAGAUGACUAUUUUGUAUGUAUGAUUCUGAUGCGAUGACCUUGGUUCGUUGACUGGAAAGAAAAUUUGGACUAAGAAAAAUUUAGAGAAAUAUUGAAGGUUUGUAAAAAAAAUCUAUUUAAAAAUGAGAGAUUUGUGAAUUGCCAAAGUUUCCAUCUCUUAUGCAAGCAGCUUUCCAUUUAUAUUUGUGUAGCAAACGUGCAGCUUACAGGCAGGGGCAAAGCUGUGAAAUUUCGUGCAAAUAAUUUAUCAUCAAUUCACCAUGCAAUUAUAGUUGUCAUCAUUCUUAAAAGCAACGCUGUAGAAAUACAUAUUGAGAACAUUGUUUAGAGCUGUGUAUUUUUUCUACCCAAUUUCUAUUAAAUUAUUGAUUGCACUUGAA